UCAUCCCUCUGAUUUGGCGGGAUUGCAUUCGACCGGAGUGCAGCAUAUCUUCCUGAAGCACACAUGCGGUAUUAAUUAGACGUGAAAGUUAAUUUCACGGUAUCAGUUUGCUAAGGAAUUAUUAGUUUUAGUUUUAUCAAACUAAAAAUAUGAAGUCACAUUUCUGAAAAAAAAAAAAAACAAUUUAAAAUUUUCCGAUUAGUAAUUGCGCAUGCGUCAUAGGAAACAUGGAUAUCACUUCUGUGCUUAUGUAUCGAUGACGUUAAUGCUUUUCCUCUUUUACGAAAGAUGCAGCACCUAGCUCUUUUCUAACUACACAUGCGCAAUGCGACUUAACCUCGAGCGGUUAUAUCCUGUGAAUCAACCGUUGUGUUAUUGGAGGUGAUUUUUUUGUAUUGCUCGGCGUUUAUCCAAAACACUAUGGGGAUUGUUAAAAAAAAAUGCACAAUUAAUUUUUGAAAUUGCUUAUCAGCUUGCUAAACAUUUAAUAGAAUGCAUGAAACUUGAUUGAACAUGGAGCAUGAACAACCAAUAAAUGCAUAUGUCUGUCAGUACUGUAAAGGAUCAUUUGAUCAACUUGAAAACUUGAACAAACAUGUGCAGAAAAUACACACAGUUAGCUCUUCUGGGAAGGAAAAUCGCAUUUGUCCACUCUGUGGCACACAGUGUUUAAGGAUCGAAGGGUACCGAAACCAUUUACGGCACAUACACGGUCAUAAUGAGGAGGGACAAGUGGUCUUAUUUAAAUCUUUUAAUGAUUUUUUGGUUUGGAAAAAUGAAUUGGAGAAGAGGAAUUACUGUAAAUAUGUAAUGAGAGAACCUCCCAAAAAAUUACCAUCGAAUGAUAAGACUCAUAUUUAUCGAUGUGACAGCUCAGUUGGAUCAAUGAGGGAAAAGAAAAGUGGAGUUGCAGUUAAAGAUAGCUGUCCUGCAGUUAUAACUGCCAUUGAAUCUACAAAAACAAAAGGUGUUAAAAUUGAGCACUGGAAUACUCAUGUUGGUCAUAUUAUUCCAAUUGAAGAGGAUGAACUGGAUGCCGCUAUUGGUUCUUUGGGAACUACUGAAAUAGUUUUAACUUCUGAUCAGAAGUAUCAAUUUGAAGGUCAAAGUCCAGAUGGAAACAUAUUUUUUAUCACCGAAUCAAAUGAUAGUUCUUUAUCUGAAACAUUUGUGAAGGAAGUAUCUAAAAAAUCUUCUAAUUUAUUUCAAAACACAAACAAUAAAAUACCAGACAAUUUUUCUAAACCAGCAUCUCAGAAGUUUUCAUAUAAAAAGGAUCCAACAAAAAAAUCUGGAUCUUUUAGUUAUAGUUUGGCUUCAGUAGCAUGUAUGAAACCAAGUGCAAAGAAAAAAAUAGUUACUCCACCACCUAUAACUACUACGAGCAGUGUAGCAGAUAAUGUAAGCACAGCUAUUACCAAUUCUGAUGUUCUGUCACCAGCACCAGCUUCAUCUGUUGCUACCUCUGAAGUUGAAUUAGUCACCGAAAGUAUUGAUGAUGCAAUUACUGAUAUUUCAUCAAAUAAUGAUAUUUCCAUCAUUUCAUCAAAUACUGAUACUCCUGUCAUUUCAUCAAAUACAGAUACUCCUGUCAUUUCAUCAAAUACAGAUACUCCUGUUGUUUCAUCAAAUAUAGAUACUCCUGUUGUUUCAUCAAAUACUGAUGCUCCUGUCAUUUCAAAGGAGGAAGAAACUCCAGCCACUCCUGCAACCACAUCUGAAAAUGUAUCUAUUGCAAAUACUACCCCCAUUACAAACCAGACCUUUGAAUUUAUUAAUGAUGGCUCUUUAUCUGGCCAAGUUGUUCUCUUAAAUUCUUUACCUGGGCAGAACAACAAUCAAAAUGUAAUGGUUGGUUCUGAUCAAAAAUUUAUAUCAAUUGGACCUGCAAUAAAUGUUGGAACAGUAUCACCAAAGAAAGGAAAAACUUCCAAGAAAUCUCGGAACACUGUUGCACCUUCUCAAAUUAUUGUAAUUCCUACUGCAACUGAAAAAGAAAAUGUUUCAUCAGUUAAAAAUAUAUUGGAUGUUCCACAAAAUCCUGUUUGUCAUGAUAAUGUAAUUAAAAGUCCUACAGCUAGCAAUAAAAGCUCUGGACCAUCAAUUUUGAAAAGAACAAAAAAAGCUGUACAAAAACCACCCAAAAAAAGUGCCUCUUCUUCAGUGAAGAAUAUUACAUUUGGUACAAAGAAUGCAAUAGAAAAGACUAUUUCUGCAGAGCAAAAACUCAGUUUGGGAUUAAAUCCAUCUUUAGAUGUAACUAUUAUUGAGGCUGUUGAACCUGCCCAAAGUACUGUUAACACUUUCCCAGGAAAUGUUAAAAUUGCUAAUUCCUCUGCUCCAACUGCAAAUAGCACAAGUAUGAAAUUAGUGUCAAAUAUUCAAAAUACAUCAAUUACUAAUUCAACAUUAACUGUCAGUAAACCUGUUUCAUCAAUUGCUCAAAAUUCAGUUCCAUCAAGUAUUUCAAACAUUCCUCAAGUUAAUCCAAUCUUAUUGAAUUCUUUUCCCCCAGGUCAAACCUUUAUGUCUAUUAACAACAAUCUUAUACCUAUUGGUACUCCAGCUGCACCUUUAUUGCCAUCUAAUUUCAGUCCAGGUAUUGUUUUAACUCCACCUGUUCCUCCAUCUCCAAUUACAAGACCUGUUCGGCCUAGAAUGACUGUUCCUCGUCCACCAGCCAAGAAUAAAAUGACUUAUUCUCGCUUAGCAUCACGUCUACCUGUAUCAUCAUCAACACCAAUUGAAUCUUCUGAUAAAAAGUCACAAAGCAAACAGACAAAUACUGGACCUGCUACUUGUAUAAAAAUUCCACCUCAUACUUCUACUGUUCCAUUGCUUUUGAUUCCUAACUCUGGAAGUCAAAUCGGACCUUCAGUGCCUUUUUCUAGUCCUUUUGUAGCAAGUAGUGUAAAUUCCACUCUCUCAUCUACAGUAAGACCAAAUAAAACUCAACCAAUCAUUUCAAGUCCUCUUAUUCCAGGUGGAGUGUGUUCUGUUCUACCUAGACCAUUAAUAUCCAAUAGCAAUCUUCCAAUUUUUACACAUUUACCACCAGGAGCUCAGCUCAUACCCACUCCAAUAAUUUCAGGCAUACCUGCUUCAUUUUUAAAUAAUAAUGGGCCACAGACUUCUAAACCAUUAUUACAAAAUCUUCCAAUAUUAACUAGUACAGCACAACAGGUUCCGAAAUCAAUAUUGCAAAAUGUUUCUCUUGCAGCUCCUUUGAUUGGGCAACCUCCUGUAGCUUCUAAAACUAUUGUUUCAACUACUGUAUCUAAUACAAUCAAAGUCCAAAAAGUACAGCUACCUUUUUCUAAAAUUAUCACAACAAAUUCUAAUGCAACACUUAAGAACAUUACUAGUGUUUCUACUAACCUUUCUGAAUCUACUAAUGUGAGCAGUGUGGUAUUGAAUACUCAACCAAUUAGCUCUGCACCUGCAAUUAAUAUUCCUCCACUAGCAUCUAUUGCCGGUCGUAAGCCUGGAUCUGUAAUAUUUGAAUCUCAAGGAGAUAUGUACAUGCUUGAACCUGUGGAAGAUAAUUUACAAAUCAGUAAUAAUAACUCUGUUAGCAAUAUCACUAAUAAAAUAAGUACAGCUGUUCUUAAUGUCAGUGAAAAUAAAGAAGCUAAGAAAUCUAAUGAAAUGAGAGAAUCUGCUUCUGAUGGAAAUAAAGCCAAUUUAUCUAGUCUUCAAAAAGAAAAAUUUCUAGAAGGUCAAAGUAUCUUAGAUACAAAAGUUGAUGGGUAUGUUAAAUCAUUGCCUGUUAGAAAAAACAGUGAUAUAAAAAAUAGCGUACAAAUAAAAUCCAUUGUUCAAGAAAAGAGACAUUCUAAAGAUGAUGAUGUUGAGAUAUUAAAAAAAGUAAAAUACUAUCAAUUGGAAAUGAAAUUUUUGUCAUCUCAGGCUGAGUGCAAACGAUUAAGGCUUGAAUUAGCUAAGGCUCAAAAGAAGAACAAAGAAAUUGUAAAAAGUGAUACUGAUUUGCUUUUUGGUGAAAAAUCGAUGAAAGGAAAUGCUGAUGAAGAUGUCGUGGACAUUGAUAUAACUUCAAGCAACAAUAAUUUGCAAUUGAAUCAAACUUUUAUCGAUGGAAAUGUUGCUGAAAACAUGGCCAUGGAUAUAGAUAAUGCUAGUCAUGAAAAGAAUGAUAAGACUACAGCAGACUUAAGUGUAGGUAUUCAGGCUUUAAAUAGCACUAAGUUAAGUAAUCAGUCUGAUGCUGAUUCAGGUGAUUCUAAUCCUGGUAGUGAUAUCUGUGCUGAAUCAGAAGAUUCUAAUUGUGAUGGCAAUAGCCUUGUUGACUCUGGAAAUUCUAACCUUAGUUCCAUUGUUGAUCUGUCCUCAAAAGAAAAUCAAGCUAAAGAUAGCUUGGGUAAUCAAAAUAAUAAUCAUGAUUUAAAAAUUAUGAACUCUGAUGUUGAAUUAAGGGUAGAAAGUGACUUAAAACCCCAAAAGGAAACACACAAUGCAUUAAAUAAAGAAUUCCAAAAUAUUAAUACUCAAAAAAAUGAAUCAAACAAUUUGAAUUCAUGUAAACAAACUUAUAAAACUGGCUCAAAGGAAAAACUUAAAGACAGCAAUAAAUCUGUGUUAAUAAAUGUAGAUGAAACUUCUGGAAAUCACUUUCAAAAACUGACCGAUGAAUUAAUGGAUAUCAGUGAAACCGAGGACAACGUUAAGAAUGUAUCGGAAGAAAAUCAAACUGUAAAGAAUUCUGAAAUUGCAGAUCAAUUUGUAGUUGAGGAAUCAAAUGAUAAGCAUAUGCAUGUGUCAAAUAAAGAAAUUUCUGUGCAAAAUAAUAAUUUAGACAGUAAAGAGCAUUUGAUUGAACAUAAUGAAUUAUCUAAACAGAAAGCUGUAAAUGAAGAAGACUUCAUGGAUUUCAUUGAACAAAAUAACAGUAAUCUUGAAAUUGGAAAUAUUAAUCCACCCUGUGAUAACACUCAGUUUCAAGAAACUUUAAAAGAUUUGGAAAUUCAAUAUGGGAAAAAAGAAUCCUCAGAUAUUUAUACUAUGAUACGCACAUCAGUUUUGCGUAGCCUUUAUGAUGAUAUGAAAACAUUAUGUGAAGAAAAUAAAAAAUUGUAUGAAAAACUUCAAAAAUGCAGGUCUGCAGAAGAAAGUUGUGAAACUGACAAACUUCACAGUUAAAAACAGGAAGCAAAAUAUUUGUGAUAAUAUUUUUGUACAAAUAUUAUAUUGUAUUAUAUUUUAUAAUAAAUCAGUGUAUAAAUUUUAAAUUAUUACAGACAAUUUUAUCUUUUAUGACAGAAAAACUGUUACAUUGCAUUAUUUUAUCAUAAUUCUGUUUUGUUUAUGACAUAAU